GUUGAGGUGAUUAGGAGGAUUUCGAUAUCAACCCAACCCCCCAAUAACAUACAGACACAACAUGGGUAAAAGGAAUGCAGCGGCCGCAAUCGUUGACGCCGACCGGUUGCAACAGUUCGAGACGCCACCAAAGCGCAUCAAACAUCACCAUGGUCCGGGAUCAGCAACAGACACAGCACCGGUGGCAACAACAGACUCAUCACCGGCCAUUGCUUUCGAACCGUCCUCACCCAACAUCAGUGCGAGUGAGUUCGAGCUCAGCAAAGAGUUUGUGGACGGAACGUUGCUGAUGGAUCUGACGCUAAAACAGUGGCGUAUCGGUAAACCCAUCGGGAAAGGAAGCUUCGGUGAAAUAUUUCUUGCAUCGGAUGACAUCAACACCCCCGUGACGAGCGAGAAUGCAAAGUAUGUGGUGAAAAUUGAACCCCAUUCUAAUGGGCCACUGUUCGUCGAGAUACACUGUUUGCUCAACACCGCUAAACGAACGGAAACCAACGUCAUCCCACCGGGCAUGCCCGAAUACAUUGCAUCCGGAUCACAUUUGUUCGGCGACGUGCGCUACCGUUUUCUCAUUCUCAAACGGUACCAGCGCGAUCUGCACUCGCUAAUCAAGAAUAAACGGGUCAAUCCGAAAAGCAUUCCUGUGAUCGCCUGCCAAAUACUGGACGUGCUGGAACACCUGCACGAUCAGGGCUAUGUGCAUUCGGACAUAAAGGCAGAAAAUUUGAUGAUUGGAACGGUGGAGGAGGUAGCGACAUUAAAUGGUCAGAACGGUAUGGACGAUAAUCCGCACCAUCGAACGAAUGGUGUUGUAACACUGCCAGAAGGGAAAGCGUCUAGACGUGGUAAAAAAGCGUCAGCCGAGCUGCUGAUCAACGGCGGUGGUGCAGCAACUGUGCAAGAAAAUGGUCUGUAUUACCACCAAGAGCAGGAAAUGUGUACACGCGGCCGUAAUCUGCGCCCACUAAAAACGGUCACCUAUCGUGACCUGAGCGAUGAAGAUGAACGUUCCGGUAGUGCUGGUGGCAGUACGGCUGCUGCUGUCGCUUCCCGUUCGAGGGCUAAUUUGCCAAAAAGACGGGGUCGGAAGCGGAAAGAAGACUCUUCGUUUAGUUGCUCCAUCUCACCGCGACGCUCGGGAUACGAAGAGCUGAAAGCUGCCACCGAAGAAGCACAUUGGCAAGAACUGAAACGUGCCGCGCUACCGAAGGCUCCGGUAGAAGUUCAAAUGCCGGCAGAAGAACGGAUACACUUGAUAGAUUUUGGCCUGGCGUCGAAAUUUGUCGAUUCAACUGACCGCCACCGACCGUUCUGUAUGGAUCAGCGUCGAGCGCACGAUGGUACACUGGAGUUUACCUCGCGGGACGCACACAUGGGAGCGCAUGCCCGGCGCAGCGAUUUGGAGUGUCUUGGGUAUAAUCUGGUGUACUGGAGCCGUGGGUUCCUGCCCUGGAAAGACGAGAAGUUGCUCAACCAGCCGGAGCAGGUGCACCGGAUGAAGGAGUACUUUAUGAUCGAUGUGCGGGAAAUGUUGCGCCUGAUCUACGGGGACGACUGUCCGGCAUAUCUUGGCGAGUUUCUGGCGUACGUUGGAAAGCUGACGUAUGACGAGCGGCCCGACUAUCAGUACUGUAAGUCGUUGUUUUAUAAGGAGCUGAAACGGUUAGGCUGUCCAGUGAGUCGAGCGCAACCGCUGCGGUUGGAUGUGAAUGCGAUCGUACAGUUCAGUGAACCGUUGACGGCACAGGACGAGGCGGAAAUAACGAACAAAAUUAACCAUGUCAAAUCGCUGAUGAAGCUGGGCGCACUGAUCCCGUACCGUGAGAGUACACUGCACAGUAAGGCAUCUUCACCGAAAAAUCUUCGCUCCAAGCGCAGCGAUGCCAAUGGUAGGAACUCACUUGCAUUGGCUGCCAGCACCACCACCACCCCCACCACCACCACGGUGACAGACGGUGGAGCAGCGGCGACAGUAGCUGCAUCGGUUCCAAACGCUACCACAACGGUUUGUACGCGCAAGAAAGAGAAACAAUUUUCAUGUGAAGAAAUUUUUGCCACCGAUGCCGAUCAGAUAGCGCGCGAUCGGGCCGAGAAAGAAUUUUUGCGUGCAGAAAAGAUGGAGGAAACCGUGAUUCGUUACACGGGCAAGCCGACGUACGCUAUACAGGAGCUGUUGGAACGAAAGUCACGCGGCCACAGCCUCGGUGGUGGUUUGGAGUACACAGAAAGCGAGGGCUACAUCAAGGGUUACACUAAACCGAUGAUGGACAUACUGCGCAAACGGCAAUCGCAACUUUUCCUUCAGAUCGCAGAAAUGAACACAACAGCGGACAAGAGCGCUGAAGCGAGCAGGACGAAAGGUUUGCUGAAUGGUGACAGCAAGAAGAAGGGGUCGAUGCCGAGUGACAGUGAAAAUGCUCCUAUGGAGCAGGAUAGUGAUGAUGCAGUAGCAGAGGAGAAUGAGGAGGAAGUUGAGGAGGAGGAGGAAGAGGAGGGUGAGGAUGAGGAAGAGGAAGAGGAAGCGGAUGAGGAGGUUGAGGAAGUUGAAGAAGGAACGGCCACUCCGCAGGGUAAUGAUUUGGAGGACGACGAAGAUGACGUUAGUGUGAAAUUAUCGAAAUAUGAGCAGGACGACGAUUUUGAGCUCGCGUCAGACGAUGAAGAUGAGGAAGAUUUGGUGGAGGACGACGAAAAAGACGGUGCAAGUGAAGAGAUAGAGGAUGAGGAAGUAGAAGACUACGAAGAAGAGGAAGAGGAUGAAGAGGAGGAAGAGGAGGAAGAGGAUGAAGAAGAGGAAGAGGAGCAAACAGUCACCCAGAACGGUUAUGGAUCGCGGGAAUCGUCAGCGUACCGUCGUCGUCGCAAAACGGUCAGCAAAAGUCGCAGCAAAAAGGAAGAUACGGACAGUGACUUCAUCAACGAUGGUGGCUGUGAGAUGGAAGAGGCUGCAACUUACCACAGUAACCUACCGGAUGAAGGAGUGGACGAGGAGGAGGAGGACAACGUUGAAGGGGAUGAAGAAGAUCAGCAGGAUAGUGAUUUUAACGAUCAAGAUAGUACGGCCACUGGAAGUGAUGUGGUGAUGGCACCGAAACAGAAAAGACGUGUCGAUAAACCACCCCCCCGUAGUGAUGGGCCGCAUGCACAGAAGUCACACGCGACCUUUGCCGAUCGAAAAGCAGAUAAAGGGCGACACCGCCGUGGUGAUAAAAAUGGUAGCAAAAAGUCACUCAGAAGGAACCAUGACGAGCACGAGGAAGAAGCGACUGAUGAUGAUGACCAUCGUCAUCGUGCCACCGCUAAGCAACGGUCACAAAGGCAUCGGAAAAAAUCGCGACACCAAGUGUUGGACGAUGGUGAUGGAGAUAAUGCACGGGCAGAACUGGACGAUGGACGGGAAACGGUGCGAAAGCAACAGAACCAUCAUCAUCACUAUAAUAACAACAACCACUGCAACAGCAAGGCGUACUAUGGCGAUGUGGACGAUUCGUCGCAUGAUAUGGCACCACCACCACCAAGCACUGAUAGAUUGACCGAUAGGAAUGCGUCCAUGUAUCGGUACGUGAAGCGGCGCAAGUCUGGACUGCGGGAACGCAUCCGUCCAACCGAUCGUGGUACUGACUAUGCGGACAAUAUGCAGCGCAAGCGUAAAGCGGCACUACAAAACAAGCGACGCCGUGAGUCGGCCGCGUUACAUGGUCAGUUAGAUUCGACGGCAGUUCCAAUGGCCGGGGAGGAUGAUUAUUCGUGCAGCAGUAGCGGUAGCAGUAGCAGUAGUAGUGCGAGCAGUAGAAGCAGUUCCUCGUUAUGUACCAGCAACCGAAUCCGAGCGAUAUCACAAUCUUCCUCGGCAGCAUCACUCGAUUCAGGUUCGAUUGUUGUUUCGAUUCCGACGAAGGCGCGACAUGGAAGAAAACGGAAGCAAGUAUCGGCAGUGUCGUCGCGCGAUAGUAGCGGAACACGUCAGUCUUCUGCAAAAUGCCGUACGACCGUAGAAAAAACAACCGGCCGGCCACGCAAACGUACCAAUGUGACAGACAAUGACACCGGCCACUCGAAUAGCCACUGGAGUCCGCCAAAUUCUACCGCUACGUCACGCGCGUCAUCCGUAUCUGCUUCCGGCCAUCAUGGAGCCGCACAAGAGUAUGGAAUGAAUCUUCCGAAAAGGUUAGCAACCUUACCCGAGCAUCACCACCAACAUCAUCAUCAUCAGAAUGAUGAUUUUAUCGACGAGGACGAUGGGGAUGAUACACGGGAUGUUGACUAUUCGCCUAUCAGCACGCGUAGACGGCGUAAAGCGACGGCUGGUGGUACGGAAGCUCUGAAUGGUGGUACCAUUUCCCGGAAAGCUAGCUCCUCGACGGCCAUUCGCAAGCGGAAUGAUUCGAAAGGUACGUUACGUAGUGUGAUUGUCAAAGGUACAGGUUCUGCGGCACCGCCACCAUCGUUAGCAUCUAGUUCGGCAGUGAACGACAUAGGUGGCAUAAGUCUUCCACGAGCGUAUGGAUCUUCUUCGUCUGUUCCGCGAAGACUGGAACACAUUCAACCACCACCACCAGCACCGGUUGCUGCUGCCGCCGCUCUCAUACACCAUCAUCAUCAGCAACGGAUCCGCCGUCCGCAACAUCACAUCGCUUAUCCGAACUACUAUCGGGUGAACGAUCAGCAUCAUCUUCCCUCAACGAUGCUGGUACGAACGUAUAGUCGCGGAUAG